GGUAUGGAAACCGAGAGCAAAUAAAAAGUGCAGACACUUUAGAAAACCAGGCAUUUAGGCUCUCCAGACUCCCGCUCAAUUUGGAGAAGCUGAUCAUCUUUAGUCAUCUUUACACACACCAAAAACAAAGAGCCUAGUGACAUUGCUCAGACCUAUCACUCACCUGAGCCAGAAGAGGAACCUCACACCAUGGAAGCACAUUCUGUUCCUAGCAUUGUAGAGUCUGUAGGUCAUAAUGGCUCUCAAGCUAUCCUGGACAGUAUGGCUUUGACAGAGGAGGAACGGAGCGCCAUUCAGGAGGCAACAAUUGGUCAGCGCGACAAUCCAAUGUGGCAUUUGUUUAGGAGAGGGAGGCUGACUGCCAGCAACUUUGGAGAUGUCCUAAUGUCAAAGGAUGUGACAGCUGUAGUUAACAGGGUGCUGGGAGACCAACCACUGGAGGGUAAUUUAGCUGUAAACUGGGGUAUUGAGAACGAGAGUAGGGCCAUCCAGAAAUUCAUAGAUGAAACUCAGAGGGAAGUCCAGGAGUCCGGCUUGUGGCUGUCUCAGUCAGGAGUGUUGGGAGCAUCUCCAGAUGGUCUGGUGGGGUCGUCUGAAAUAUUGGAGGUCAAGUGUCCCUACAAAGCAAGAGAAAUGACAAUUGAUGAUGCAGUGAAAAUGAAGCGCUUCUAUGUCAGUAAGGAAGGGGAUACUUACAGCUUGCGCAGAGACCAUCGCUACUGGCACCAAGUACAGGGGCAGCUUCACCUCACUGAAAGNAUAUAUAUAUAUAUAUAUAUAUAUAGCCAGUGUCAGAGAUUUAAACUUGGGGAGGUAAGAUUACAGGGAGUGUUACAGCGAAGUUUAUAA